AUGGCAGGUGAAGAGGACUUCUUUUUGGAAGAAAAAAGAUUCAAGCAAUACUGUGAAGAAUUUAUUAAACAUUCACGGCAGAUAGGAGAUGAUUGGGAGUGGAGAACUAGCAAGGACCUUGGUGAUGGUUAUCUUAGUAAAACACACUUCCAAGUAAGAAAUAGAAACAUUCCACCAGAUCUCAAGGAGAAAAACAACGAUAAUAUUGAACAAACAUUGUUUGUGCAUGUUGAAGAGCCUUUGGAUGAUUCUCAAGUAGCUGGAGUUUGUGCAACAGAAGAAGUGAUCCGCUAUGAAUAUCACGUCUUGUACUCCAGCAGCUACCAAGCACCUGUGCUUUAUUUUAGGGCGUGCUUUUUAG